UCCAAAAUGGCGAUAGAAGUUGUCAUUAUAUUGGGACGAUGAUCUCAUUUCGGUUUUAGCAUUUCGUGAAACCACACAUAGAGAUUACUUGAUAACUUCACAGUCACCACAACUGGAAUCCAUAUAAAAUGUCCUUGAGAGAUGUCAAACUUUGCCUCCUUGGCGACUCUGGUGUGGGCAAGUCGAGUAUUGUCAUGAGGUUUGUCAACAACCAAUUCAAGAACGCCUUGGAAAGCACAAUAGGCGCCUCCUUCAUGACCAAAACCCUGUUGGUGGACGGCAAUACGUACAAGUACCAGAUAUGGGACACUGCAGGCCAGGAAAAGUAUCGAGCCUUGGCACCUAUGUACUAUCGGGGAGCUGCCGCCGCCGCCAUUAUAGUCUAUGAUGUGACACGAGAGUCCACGUUCAGAUCAGUAAAAAGUUGGGUCCAAGAGUUGAGAAGGCAAGGGUCACCGAAUAUCGUCAUAGCGAUAGCUGGAAACAAGUGUGACUUGGAGGAUCUCAGGGAAGUCAGGAAAAAGGAUGCCCAAGACUAUGCCAAAGACAUUAACGCCAUAUUCUGUGAAACAAGCGCCCUGACAGCAGUCAAUGUACCUCAACUGUUUGAUGCCAUAUCAAAAGAGCUGCCUCCAGAAGAAUUCAGCAAUCAACGUUACGGCAGUACGGUCAACCUCCGCCGCAAAGACGAACCAAGGAAGAAGGGGAAGUGUUGCGGAGGAGGAGGGCGAAGUGGAGAGCCAGACAGAGCAAGUUCAAGGUCAAGCAAGGGGACUUGACACUAACACCGACACAUAUUGCUCCUUAUAGGAAACCAUUGUCUUUCCCAUGAUAUCAUUUCAUUUACGAAUACACAAAUUGUUUAUUAUUUUUGAUUAUUUGUUAACCGAGAAGGAUAGUGUACCCAGGCAUGUUGUAUCAUGAGGCAUGCAAUAUUUACAUCGGCCUUGACCUUUUGUUCAGGAAUAAGGAAUACGGCCUUGACCUCUUGUUCUGGAAUAAGGGAUACAGGCCUUGACCUUUGUUCGGGAA